AUGACGCUCCUCGCCCUCAAGGAGGACCGGCCGACGCCCAAGGCCGUCUACAACUGGCGCGUAUACCUGUGCGCGUCCAUCGCGUCUUUUGCGUCAUGCACCAUCGGCUACGACUCUGCCUUUAUCGGCACCACGUUGGCAUUGCCGUCGUUCACCGACGAGUUUGAGUUCUCGUCGUACUCGUCGUCGGACCUGGCGCUGCUCAAGGCAAACAUUGUGUCGCUGUACCAGGCUGGUGCUUUUUUCGGCAGCUUGUUGGCCUAUGUGUCGAGCUACUUCCUCGGUAGGAAGAAGAGCCUGAUGGCCUUUUCCGUUGUUUUCAUGGUCGGUGCCAGCAUCAUGCUUGGCGCGACCAGGGAAAGGGGUCUGGGUCUGAUUUUGGGAGGAAGGGUUUUGGCUGGUCUUGGUAUCGGCGGCAUGAGUAACAUGACACCUAUCUACAUUUCCGAGCUUGCCCCCCCAGCCGUCCGCGGCCGUCUCGUCGGGAUAUACGAGCUCGGCUGGCAGAUCGGUGGCCUGGUCGGCUUCUGGAUCAACUACGGCGUCAACAGCACCCUCCCGCCCUCGCACUCCCAGUGGCUGAUCCCCUUUGCGGUCCAGCUCAUCCCGGGCGGAUUGCUUCUCUUCGGCGCUCUCUACAUCCCCGAGUCCCCGCGGUGGCUGUUCGAGAAGGGCCAGCGCGAAAAGGCCAUCAAGGUCCUCUGCUGGAUGCGCAACCUCGAGCCGGACCAUCAAUACAUCCGCGAGGAGAUCUCAUACAUCGACGAGGGCCUCGAGCAGCAGCGCCGCGAGGUUGGUGCCGGUUUCUGGAAGCCCUUUGCGGCGCUCAAGGCCCGGCGCGUUCAGUGGCGCUUCAUCCUCGGUGGUCUGCUCUUCAUGUGGCAGAACGGUUCCGGCAUCAACGCCAUCAACUACUACAGCCCGACCGUGUUCAAGAGCUUGGGCAUCACGGGUACCAACACUGGUUUCCUGACCACGGGUCUCUUUGGUGUGGUCAAGACGAUCUUGACCAUCAUUUGGCUCAUGUGGAUGAUUGACCACUGGGGUCGUCGCCCGCUCUUGAUGAUGGGUGGUAUUGGGGGUGGUGCUUGCAUGUGGUUCAUUGGUGCCUACAUCAAGAUUGCCCAGCCCGAAAAGAACCCUACUACGGGUGGUCUGCCGCCUGGUGGUGUCGCCGCCAUCUUUUUCUUUUACCUGUGGACCGCCUUUUACACUCCUUCGUGGAACGGCACGCCGUGGGUCAUAAACUCGGAGAUGUUUGACCAGAACACUCGAUCCCUCGGCCAGGCCAACGCAGCCGCCAACAACUGGUUCUGGAACUUUAUCAUCUCGCGCUUCACCCCGACCAUGUUUGAGGUGUGGGGAUACGGCGUCUACUUCUUCUUCGCCGCGCUCAUGUUCAUCUCGGUCGUCUUCAUCUUCUUCCUCGUGCCCGAGACCAAGUCGAUCCCGCUGGAGAAGAUGGACCGCCUGUUCGAGAUCAGGCCCGUCCACCGCGCAAACGCCACCGUCAUGUCGGAGCUGGGUCACCACUCGGACGGGAGCGGAGUCGCACUCGGCGGAGAGGUCGAGAAGGGAGAGGCUGGCAUCGUGGAAGACGGCCAGGUCACGCCGCCGCCGACGUAUGCCCGGGGACGCAGUAGCCGCCCUGUCUGGAACACGCUCUACCCUCAUCUGCAAAUCGGCCACCAACUUCUCCCACGAAGCAGCGCCCCUCGCGGCCAGCUCCUCAGGCACAUCCCUCCCCUCGUCCGCCAUCCUCCUGUGGAACAACUCCAGCGAGACCCAGCCCUCCCACGCACCGGCCUUGAAGAUGGCGUGUGCGAUCUGCUUCACGGGCAGAUAGGCGCCGCGGGCCUCCUCGCCGUAGAACAGCCGGCAGUUCCGGCUCCAGCUCAUGCGGGGCGGCUGGCCGUCGGCGUAGAACUCGUGGCCCGGCAGCAGCGGGGCGGACAGGCGCUCGCCGUCGGCCACCUGGACCCAAAAGACGCGAUGCGGCUCCUCCCUCACGGAGGUGGCCAGGCGCGCGACCGACUGCUCCACGGCGGCCUCCCAGCCCGGGACGGUGCCGUCGGGGCGGGUCGGGUCCGCGAACAGGCGCGCGGCGAUGUGGAAGGUGUCGAGGCACACGCCCAGGUUGGGCCGGUCGGCGAGCCGCACGGCCUCCCACGACUGCUCCCACAGGUCCGAGGUCGACGACCAGGCGAUGCUCUCGUAGGCGAAGCGGACGGGCGGCGAGGCGGCCAGGCCGAGGUCGGCGGCCUCGCGCAGGUCCGACACGAUGGCGGCCAUGUCGCUGGUGGUCUGGGCGGACGGGAGCAUGCUGGACGGGAUCUGGAUCAGGUCGGUGCCCAGGGCGUGGGCGAGCGAGAUCCAGUGCUGCAGCUCGCCGACGCGGCGGGCGUGCUGGUCCCGGUCGAGCAGGCCGUCGUAGUUGAGAAAGGGCUGCAGGGAGAUCACGGCGAGGUUGCGCGCGCGGCAGAGCUUGCGGAUGUGCGCGGCUGCGGCGAGCUGGCUGGUCUCGACCGUGUGCGGCGUGGAGGUGGCGGGGGAGGAGGAGGAGGGGUUUGGCUGCUGCUGCCGGAUCUGCUCGGCCUCGUGGGCGAGGUCCUCAAAGAACAUCUCGAUGCCCUCGUAGCCGUACUUUUGGGCCAGGUCGAGCCGGUGCUCUAUGGAGUGCCCGGCAUAGCACCGCCCGAGGGACAUUGUGCUUAUCGCGAGGCGGUUGGGCAUUGUGGCGGUGUCUGGCGUGUGCUGUUAUUAUUUAUUGUUUAA